CAAACGAAGUCGUUUACCUAGCACUCCCACUCCACCAAAACCAUCACCACAUCGGAUCCACCUCCAACCGUACUCCUGACGCACUACCAGGCCACGAUGGCAAGAGAUAUAGAAAAGAUGGUGGUGGUGGGCCUAAUUUGGGGCGGGACCAACGCCUUAAUACGCCGUGGCGCACUUCUCUGGGACAAACGAUCCGGUAAAUUCUCCUCCUCUUCAGUACACGCACCACAGCUUCACCAAAAACUGAUCUCUUCACUUAAAAAAUUGCUCAGCCUUCUCUUAUUUUGGCAAUACUCCGUCCCUUUCUUGCUCAAUCUCUCAGCUUCCGCUACUUUCUUCGCUCUCCUGAGCGAUGCGCCGAUAUCUCUGGCUGUUCCCGUUACAAACGCGACAACUUUUGCUGCUACAGCUGUUUUCGGGAUGCUAUUAGGGGAAGAGACCCGGAUUGAGUUGGCUUUGUUGGGUACGGCUUUUAUUUUAAUUGGUGUUUGGCUUUGUAUUACGUGAUUAUAUAUAGUGCUGCAUUUUCCCCCUAAUUUAUCUAUCCUGUUAUAACUGUUUGCUUCUCAUUGAAAUGAGAUAUUACUCACUUCAUUUGCUUUAGUUUUAAUGUUGGCUUAGGAGUUCUGAUAUGCUUAAUUUGUUAUUGUUAAAGAUUAUAUUGCCCUGUUUGAGGGUUUUGACACUUUUAUCAAUAUAAGCAUAUCAAAGAUUGUAUUCUUUC